AUGUCUUCCUCCUCGAGCAACCCCAACACCAGCAGCACCAACCAGCCUACCGAGAACCCAGGCCUGAUCUCCUCCCACGCCGAGUAUAUCAAGGGGGCAGCUGAGUCCGCAAUCGGCGACAUCUCAGGUUCCCACGCCUGGAAAACCUCGGGCGAGCAAGACAAGGCCCACGCCCGUGCUUCACUCAAUCAAGCGACCCAGAACCGUGACCCGGCCACCUCGGGAUAUGGGAAAGUGGAGGAAGUUGCCGGCAAGCUGACCGGAUGCGAGGGCAUGAAGAGGGAGGGCGCUGCCAGCGCUAGCAAGCCAAAUCAGGAGUAA